AUGGACGGUUUCCCGAUCACGAGCGAAGAUCCGGAUGUGCGCCAACAGUUUGCGGAAAACAUCUUCCAAAUAUUGCGUCCGCUGUCCGCUUUGGAGAUACCUCCGCGUGCCAACCGCCGGGAGGAUGAAGAAUCAUCCGAAUGCAGUGCCCUGUCCGACCCAUUUUCCGAUCUGGAUGAAUCGUACAUACUGUUGGAUCAGCGUAAAAAGAAACCCGGAGUGGACGAAACCGAUGAGUUGCUGCUGAUGAAUCAAUUUACACCCGAGUUCCGGAACGCUUACGAUGAGCUGAUGGGUGCGAACCGUCUCCGGAAGCCGGAAGAAGUGGUGCAGUUGGAACCAGCUUCGAGCGAUUCCUGUGCAGGUUGUCCGGAUAUGCAGACGGCCACCGACUUCAGUCCCAAGUUCCGGUCGUUUAUAGACGAGAUGCUGCGCAAAUGUGACCUGCAGCAUCAUCAGGAGGAGAAGAAACGCCGGGAGCAGCAACAGUUGCUGCAGCAGCGUAAGAAAGGCCGUGUUCGAACGAUCGUGUCGGAAGAAUCGUUCUGUGGGCUGGAAACGGAUUCCAUGUCCGGGAUGUGGCGUAUGCUGGACGCGAUGUCGGAAAAUGAACGGGAACUGUUACCAACGUCCGGACCGCACUACGAUCUGUACUAUGAUCGACGGUUCGAUUGGAUGACACGGGACGAAAUACCGUGGGAUCAGGUUGAGACGUCGAAAAAGAAGUGUGAACAGUGGUUAAAGAUUCCGUGCCAAUCGGAGGUGCCCGAAGGUACGAGACCAGUGAAGCAGAACCUAUAA